GCAACAGCUGCGAAAAGUGAAACAGCCAUUACAACUUACAAGAAAGAAAGAAGAAGACUUUAGAGCUUUCUUCGUCUCUGUGCAAUCUACUUUUCUCUGUCUCCCUCUCCAUAUCUCUUCUUUCCUAUACCAAAAACAUCAACUUCUGAUCUGACCUCGCCAUUCUUGCCACCAUUUGCCUGGCUGCGCAUUGAUGAUGUAUUAGGGUAUUUUGAUUUGGGUUUGUUGCGUUGUCAAUGGAAGCAUCUUCGAGUCAACCGGAGUUUGACUACUUGUUCAAGUUAUUAUUGAUUGGGGAUUCUGGUGUUGGGAAGAGUAGUUUGCUUUUGAGUUUCACUUCCAAGACUUUUGAUGAUCUCUCUCCUACGAUAGGCGUAGAUUUCAAGGUAAAGCAUGUUACCAUAGGUGGGAAAAAGUUGAAACUUGCCAUUUGGGACACAGCUGGACAGGAGAGAUUCAGAACACUUACUAGUUCUUAUUACAGAGGUGCUCAAGGGAUAAUAAUGGUGUACGAUGUGACAAGACGAGAAACUUUCACAAAUUUAUCUGAUAUAUGGGCCAAAGAAAUUGAUCUAUAUUCAACAAACCAGGAUUGCAUCAAGAUGCUUGUUGGCAACAAAGUUGAUAAGGACAGUGAAAGAGUUGUCACCAAAAAAGAGGGGAUUGACUUUGCCAGGGAAUAUGGAUGCCUUUUCCUUGAAUGUAGUGCAAAAACUCGAGUCAAUGUAGAACAGUGCUUUGAGGAGCUUGUUUUAAAGAUCUUAGAAACACCAAGUCUGUUGGCAGAAGGCUCGAGUGGUGUCAAAAAGAACAUCUUCAAACAGAAGCCUCCAGAGGAAGCUCCAUCUGGUAGUUGUUGCACUUGGUGAUUGCAUAUAUUUAUUCUUUUUGCUUUAAUUGUGAAAGUAGCCCAUGGUUUUCCAUUUCUUUUGUUGUUCCGUAUGCUUGGACAGUGAACUGUACAUUACUACUUACGAAAGUGACAAUCUAUGAUGUGGGCUUCAUCUUCAUUAGAUAUGGACUGAAAACAAAGUGUUUGAGACA